AUGUUUCGGCCUGUGAUUGGGCGCGCCGAUCGGUUUCUGGGCGCUGAUUGGUUAGCCCCAGCCGCUGUCUUGGCCUGUCGAAUCAGAGCCGCACAACGGCGAGACCGCGUCAGCAGUUGGCGAAGGCAACUGGGAAGUUCAGACCAUGGGAACGCUGGCGACAGAGCUGUUAUUCAAGUCAGUGGCGCUGACGUCAAUCGUCCCUACGAGUCCUCCAUGCGGAUGACCAACUUUUGA